AUGAAGUUGCCCAAGAUGACGAAUUUCAACAUCAAGGUCAUAUCCGAUCCCAUCUGCCCCUUUUGCUAUCUGGGCAAGAAGCGUCUAGACAAGGCCAUUGACGUAUAUAAACGUGUUUACCCUGGCGGAGCCAAUGACACCUUCACUGUGAGCUGGUCUCCAUUCUACUUGGACCCAUCGUUGCCCAAGCAUGGCGUCCCCGUGCAGCAAAGAAUGGCGGAACGGUUUGGCGCCGACCGGGUGGAGUUCAUGCAGAAUCGCCUUCGAAUGAUGGGUCAACCGGAUGGCAUCAACUUCACUUUCAGUGGCAAAAUAGGGAACACGCGCGAUGCGCACCGCCUGAUCCAGCUGGGCAAGACCAAGGGUAUCGAGACACAGAAUCGUGUCGUGACUGAGCUGUUCCGUGGCUAUUUCGAGGAGAGCGGCGACAUUACCUCUCACGAUCUGCUGACUUCGGCUGGUGAGAAGGCAGGGCUAGACCCCGCCGAGAUCAAGAAAUGGCUUGCUGAAGGGAAAGGUGGACAGGAGGUCGAUCGAGAGGUGGACUUGGCGUACAGGGCAGGAAUCCAAGGCGUCCCAAACUUCACGAUCAACGACAAAUUCACUGUCGAUGGUGCCCAGGACGUUCAGGUGUUUCUGGAGGAGUUCGUGAAGGCGAAAGAUGCCGCAUGA